AUGCCUGUAAUUGGGGUUGAUGCUUGCCAUUUGAAAGGUCCUUAUCCUGGCCAAAUAUUGACUGCUAUAGGAGUUGAUGGUAAUAAUGGUCUUUUCCCAAUUGCAUAUGAUGUGGCUGAGAUUGAAAACAAGGACUCUUGGAUUUGGUUUCUGUCUUUGUUGAUUGAAGAUUUAGACCCAACAAAGCGUGCACACCUAGAUUGGGAGAGGCGCUACAAAAUCAUAGUAGGCACUGCUCGAGGCCUCCUUUACCUCCACGAAGACUCUCGCCUUAGAAUUAUUCAUCGUGAUCUCAAAGCUAGUAACAUCUUGAUAGAUGCAGAAAUGAACCCCAAAAUUUCAGAUUUUGGCAUGGCAAGGUUGUUCGUGCUUGAUCAAACGCAAGGCAAUACUAGUCGGAUUGUUGGGACCUAUGGGUAUAUGGCUCCAGAGUAUGCAAUGCAUGGGUACUUUUCUGUUAAGUCUGAUGUCUUCAGUUUUGGUGUGUUAGUUCUAGAGAUAGUCAGUGGACAAAAAAAUAUUGGCAUCCGGCAUGGAGAAAAUUUGGAGGAUCUUCUAAGCUUCGCCUGGAGAAGUUGGAGGGAUGGGACAGCUUCAAAUCUAAUAGAUCCCACAUUGAAGACUGGUUCAAGAACAGAAAUAAUGAGAUGCAUCCACAUUGGAUUAUUAUGUGUGCAAGAAAAUGUGGUUGAUAGGCCAUCAAUGGCUUCUGUUAUUCUCAUGCUGAAUAGCUACUCCCUCACUCUCCCAGUGCCCUCCCAACCUGCAUUUUAUUUGCAUAGAAGCAUUGCAUCGGACAUGUCGUUACGAUCUGAAUAUAAUUCAGGGGCAACAAGAAUAACAUUGCUGAUGACCUCCGGUUCAACCAUUCCUUUAGCAGCUGUUUUGUUGCUGGUGUUGCCUGAUGAGUCAUCAUUCAGGCUGAGGCAUGGGCUGGUCUUGUUCAUUGUGGGAUGCUUCACUUCCUGGAACAUUCCAGCAACUAACAAGUCAUCAUUCAGUCUGGGGCAUGGGCUG